AUGGGACAAGGAAAGUCAAAGGAACGCUAUCAAAAGGCUGUAAAAAAGCUUAGUAGCUUAGAACUCGAUAAUAUUGGAGCAGUUUUCCAAGAAUUGUCUACCAAGACCGAGGACGGUACGAGAAGAGUAGAGCUAUCACUAUUGACAAGACAGGAUUUUGCUGAACGAUUUCACUUAACUGGAUUUGUAGCAGAGCGACUUUUUCAUGCUUUUGAUAAGACUGAGAAUGGUACUAUAGAUCUAGACGAGUUUGUUGGUGGUAUUGCUCUUUGUCUUCAUGGUUCAGUAAGGGACAAGUGUAGACUUCUAUUCAGAAUCUUUGAUUUGGAUGAAGAUGAUGGAGUCAGCAAGGAUGAAUUAACAGCAGUACUUUUGAGCUCAGUGGAAUCUGCAGAGAAGAUUCUCAGUAAUAUAGAAGAAGACAGAGAGCAAUCUGAUGUCAACAUUCCUGAUGACACUGAUAAGUUGAUUGAGAAUGUCACAAGGUUAAACAUCAACCACUUACCAAUAUCCNGGGUAGCCGCCCACUAG